GGGGCUGCGGACGGCGGGCGGGGGCCGAAGGAAGAGCGACCUUGCACCGGCAGCGGCGGCGGCUCGGGUCGCGCAAGGGCUGUCACAGGAGGCUGCAGAGCCCUGAGCCAAACCGGGUGGGAAGAUGGCCGAGAAGCUGGUGCCUGGGGACCUGUUCUUGAGGAAGACCCGUGAGUCGGUGUCCUCCCUGGACUCGGACAAGCUGGCACCCAUCUCACCCGAGGUGGGCGGUGAGGAGUCGUCCGACAGCGAGGGCGAGCAGGAGGACAGUUCCCACAAGCUCAUCCGGAAGGUUUCCACCUCGGGGCAGAUGAGGAGCAAGAAAAGUGUGAAGGAGGGGCUGUUGCUGAAGCAGACGAGCUCCUUCCAGAGAUGGAAAAGGCGAUACUUCAAGCUGCGGGGCAGGACGCUCUAUUAUGCUAAGGAUGCCAAGUCCCUCAUCUUUGACGAGGUGGACCUGUCGGACGCUAGCGUGGCCGAGACCAGCACCAAGAACAUCAACAACAGUUUCACGGUGAUCACACCGUUCCGGAAACUCAUCCUGUGCGCGGAGAACCGGAAGGAGAUGGAGGACUGGAUCAGUGCCCUGAAGUCUGUCCAGAAGUGGGAGAUCCAUGAGGCCACGCAGUUCAACAUGGAGCACUUCUCGGGCAUGCACAACUGGUACGCCUGCUCCCACGCCCGCCCCACCUUCUGCAACGUGUGCCGGGAAGCCCUCCCAGGGGUCACCUCACACGGCCUCUCCUGCGAAGUCUGCAAGUUCAAGGCACACAAGCGCUGUGCUGUCAGAGCCACGAACAACUGCAAGUGGACAACACUGGCUUCCAUUGGCACUGAAAUCAUCGAGGAUGAGGAUGGGGUGGCCAUGCCCCACCAGUGGCUGGAGGGGAACCUGCCCGUCAGCGCGCGCUGUGCCGUCUGCGACCGCACCUGUGGCAGCGUCCGGAGGCUGCAGGACUGGCGGUGCCUCUGGUGCAAGGCCAUCGUUCACAGUGCCUGCAAGGAGCAAUUUGGCAAGAGGUGCCCCCUGGGCCAGUACAAAGUGUCCAUCAUCCCGCCGACUGCCUUGAACAGCAUCGAUUCGGAUGGUUUUUGGAAAGCCACCUGCCCCUCGACCUGCUCCAGCCCUCUCCUGGCCUUUGUAAACUCCAAGAGUGGGGACAACCAGGGAGUCAAGUUUCUGCGCAAGUUCAAGCAGUUCCUCAACCCGGCCCAAGUCUUUGACCUCAUGAAUGGGGGCCCACACCUGGGGCUGCGCCUCUUCCAGAAGUUCUCUACCUUCCGGAUCCUGGUGUGUGGGGGGGAUGGCAGUGUGGGCUGGGUGCUCUCUGAGAUCGAUGCCCUUGGCCUCCACAAGCAGUGCCAGCUGGGUGUCCUGCCCCUGGGGACUGGCAAUGACCUGGCGCGGGUGCUGGGCUGGGGCAGCCUGUGCGAUGAUGAUACCCAGCUGCUGCAGAUCCUGGAGAAGCUGGAAAGGGCCACCACCAAGAUGCUGGACCGGUGGAGUGUGCUGACCUACGAGGCCCCCAAGCAGUCCCCUCCAGCCCUGAAGGAGGAAGAGAAUGGGGACUCCAACAUCCAGGCCCAGAUCUCCCAUUAUGCUGACUCUGUUGCCUUCCACCUGGCCAAGAUCCUGGAGUCGGACAAGCACUCAGUGGUGAUCUCCUCUGCAAAGUUCCUCUGUGGCACUGUCAAUGACUUUGUGGCUGAGGUGGGCCGGGCUUACAAGAGGGCAACAGAGAACAAGCAGGAGGCUGAGCUGAUGGCAAGAAAGUGUGCCAUGCUGAACGAGAAGCUGGACUCGCUGGUGCGGGAGCUGAAUGAGGAGGCUCAGGCCAUCAUGGUCCCCGAGGGAAUGGCACAAGCCACCCCUGCUGAUGCCAAGGACCAGGAGAAAGGUGGCAGCUUCAACCCCAGCCCCGUGCCUCGCAUCUUCAAAUCCAAGGAGCAGCUCAUGCUGCGGGCGAACAGCCUGAAGAAAGCCCUGCGGCAAAUCAUCGAGCAGGCGGAGAAAGCUGUGGAUGAGCAGAACAAGCAGACCCAAGCCUAUCGUGGCACCGUGGGCGCCAGCAAGGACAGCUCAGAGGAGCUCAACAAGGAGGAGGAGAGGCUCAGCUCCCGGCGGGUGACGGUGACCUCUGCAUCUUCCUCCAUCAUCCUGGACCGGCCAGACACCUUCGGCAGCUUGCAGUUCCCCGAAGACCCCAGCACCCUCCACUUCUUGGAGAAAUGCGUCAUGAAUAACUACUUUGGCAUUGGUCUGGAUGCAAAGAUCUCCCUGGAGUUCAACAACAAACGGGAUGAGCACCCCAAGAAGUGCAGCAGCCGCACCAAGAACAUGAUGUGGUACGGGGUGCUGGGCACCAAGGAGCUCCUGCAGCGCACCUACAAGAACCUGGAGCAGCGGGUGCAGCUGGAGUGUGACGGGGUGCCCAUCUCGCUGCCCAGCCUGCAGGGCAUCGCUGUCCUCAACAUCCCCAGCUAUGCUGGGGGCAUCAACUUCUGGGGAGGCACCAAGGAGGACAAUAACUUUGGGGCUCCAUCCUUCGAUGACAAGAAGCUGGAGGUGGUGGCUGUCUUUGGCAGCAUCCAGAUGGCUGUGUCACGGGUCAUCAACCUCCAGCACCAUCGCAUCGCACAGUGCCGCGUGGUGAAGAUCACCAUCCGGGGGGAUGAGGGCGUCCCCGUGCAGGUGGAUGGAGAGGCCUGGAUCCAGCCACCUGGGGUCAUCAAGAUCCAGCACAAGAACCGAGCCCAGAUGCUGACAAGGGACCGGGCAUUUGAAAGCACCCUCAAGUCCUGGGAGGACAAGCAGAAAGGGGAGAGCUACCGAGCAGCAGCCCGACCACGGCUCAGCUCCCAGCAGUCCAUGGAGUACCUGACGGAGGAGGAGAGCAGCCUCUUACAGCAGGUCUCACGGGUUGCUGAGACCCUCAUUGCCAGGAUCCAUGAGGCAGCCAAGGCUCACAAAGCUGUGGAGCAGGAGCUGGCUCACGCAGUCAACGCCAGCUCCCUGGCGCUGAGCGAAGCCCUCUCCAACAAAGCUGCUGGCACCUCAGAGUUUCUCAGCAGGAAUGCGGCUGUGGAGGUGGUGCUGAGCAUCAAGGAGCUGUACACUGAGACCAGGGCAUUCCUGGAGGGGAAGGCGGUGAGUGAGGGGCUGGGUAGCACCCAAAAUCCCCCAGCAGAGGGGCCUGUGCCCUUGGCUGGUACCUCUGGGGGUGGCAGCAGGGCUGGGGAUGGUCCCUGUCCCCCACAGCUGGACUCACCGCAGGAGGAGGAGGCCCUUCACGGCCCCCUGAAUGUGCUGGGCCAGGAGCUGCAGCGGCUGCUGGACAUCCACUGGCUGGGGCCCAUUGCCCACCCUGCUGAGGAGGAAGGUGCUGGCAGCGCCAACAAGGGCAGCUUCAAGCUUCGCCUCAACAUCCCCAAACCCAGGAAGGAGAAGGACAAGCUGCAAAAGCAGAAGGCCAACAGCGCGCUGCCAGCAGAGAAGUGGGGCUCCGAGGAGGUGGCAGCUUGGCUGGAAGCGCUCGGUUUAGGGGAGUACAGAGACAUUUUUGUCCGGCAUGACAUCCAGGGCUCAGAGUUGAUCCUGCUGGAGAGGAGAGACCUGAAGGACCUUGGGAUCACCAAAGUGGGCCACAUGAAGAGGAUCCUUCAGGCCAUUAAAGAGCUCAGCAACCCACCCUAGGGCUGGCAGUGGGGCAGCAGCCCAGCCCUGGUGCUGGCUGGGUGCUGCUCACAGGGACCUGGGGGCGGGUAAGGGAACAGAUCCCUUCCCUGCCCCAUGUGUGUGGAGCCCCCUCGCUUGCCUCGCUGUAUCUGUCUGUCCCCACUGUCCCUGGAGCCACUGCUUCUCCCUAAGCCUGUGGGGCUGGAGACACUAAAGCAGAGGUCUAACCCCAUAGAUGAUGUGGUCUGACCAACAGUCCAGCCCCAACAGGGUCACUACAGGAGCUGGGGCCACCCUCUCUGCGCCCAAGCUGGGGCCAAAGCAGUUUCCCCUUCCCCAUGUGGGUAUUUAAGCUGUGUAAAUAUUUGGAGAGAAGAUACUCAUUGCUGCUGCUCGUGUAGUGUCAUUACUAAGGGGAAAGCGAGGGGUGGGGAGGAGGGAAUUGGGAAUCCCUUUCUGCCCUUCACCCCUCAGGUCCCUACUCCCCCGUCAUGGAACCCCCAACCCUGCUCUCACCCUCUGUCCCAUUACAGCAAGGGGAAGUACAGCACUGGGGCUCAUAAUCUCCCCUGCCAGC